CUUCACAAAACAACAAAAAUAUUCAACUCAAAUUCAAUCUAUUACUCCCACUAUUACUUCACUCCACUAAUUCUCAUUUACAAACUCACACGCACACCUACCCUCUCUUCAAUCCAUCUCCUCCGGUUCCAAAGCCUGCGGUUCCGCCAAUGGACGCGGCACCUCAGCUCGUCUACUGCGGAGUCGAGACCGGCCGAUUUUCGGCGCGCGGUAACCGAUCCUUUAGUAACAGAAUUCCGGUUCGGAGGCGGACGAGACCUGUUCUGGCCGUCGCGACUGAACCGAAACCUACACAAAACGGACCGGCGAAGUCCUCGCAGCCGCCAACGUCCAGAACUGUCAAUGGAAAUUCAAGAUCGCCUCCGUUAAAAACGGUUAAUGGAAAAACUGUCAACGGAGCUUCCAUGAGGAUGGGGGAGGUUUCGCAGGAAAUCAAGAGAGUGAGGGCACAAAUGGAAGAAAAUGAAGAGUUGGCAAUACUAAUGAAAGGACUUCGGGGUCAAAAUCUGAGUGAUUCUCAGUUUGCUGAUGACAAUAUUCAGCUUCGCCUUGUUGAGGUAAAUGAAAGCAGUGAGUUUUUGCCAUUGGUGUAUGAUCCUGCUAGCAUCUCUGCUUAUUGGGGGAAACGACCACGUGCUGUUGCAACACGAGUUGUCCAGUUAUUAUCUGUAGCUGGGGGUUUUCUCUCACGUAUUGCCAUGGAUAUUGUGAACAAGAAAGUCAAAGAGAAUGAAGUUGCUAGAGCUAUUGAAUUAAGGGAUAUUGUUACUUCGUUGGGUCCAGCAUAUAUAAAACUUGGGCAAGCACUUAGUAUUCGACCAGAUAUAUUGUCACCUGUUGCGAUGUCUGAGCUGCAAAAGCUGUGUGACAAGGUUCCUUCAUUUCCAGAUGAUGUAGCAAUGGCUCUUAUUGAGGAGGAGCUUGGUCAGCCUUGGCAUGAAAUCUAUUCUGAACUUUCUUCUUCCCCUAUUGCUGCUGCGUCUCUAGGACAGGUAUAUAAGGGCCGGCUAAAGGAAAAUGGGGAUUUGGUGGCUGUCAAAGUGCAGAGGCCUUUUGUCCUUGAGACGGUGACAGUUGAUUUGUUCAUCAUACGAAACCUGGGUUUGGUUCUACGGAAGUUUCCUCAGAUCUCCUUUGAUGUGGUUGGACUGGUUGAUGAAUGGGCUGCUCGUUUUUUUGAGGAGCUAGAUUAUAUCAAUGAGGGUGAAAAUGGAACAAAAUUUGCAGAAAUGAUGAGGAAAGAUCUUCCCCAGGUGGUUGUACCUAAGACCUAUGAAAAGUAUACUGCAAGAAAAGUUCUUACCACUAGCUGGGUGGAAGGAGAAAAGUUGUCACAAAGUAAAGAAAGUGAUGUUGGAGAACUGGUUAAUGUUGGUGUCAUAUGCUACCUUAAGCAGUUACUUGAUACUGGAUUUUUCCAUGCUGAUCCGCAUCCUGGAAAUUUGAUCCGUACUCCAGAUGGGAAGCUAGCCAUACUUGACUUUGGUCUAGUCACAAAACUGACUGAUGAUCAGAAGUAUGGAAUGAUUGAAGCAAUUGCCCACCUUAUUCAUCGGGAUUAUGGAGCUAUAGUCAAAGAUUUUGUCAAACUUGAUUUCAUCCCGGAGGGAGUUAAUUUGGAACCCAUCUUGCCCGUCCUGGCUAAGGUUUUUGAUCAGGCACUUGAAGGUGGAGGAGCCAAAAAUAUUAAUUUUCAGGAGCUGGCAUCGGAUUUGGCACAAAUAACAUUUGAUUAUCCCUUUAGGAUACCACCUUAUUUUGCUCUCAUAAUUAGGGCAAUAGGAGUACUGGAAGGUAUUGCUUUGGUGGGGAAUCCUGAAUUUGCCAUUGUAGAUGAAGCAUAUCCAUAUAUUGCCCAGAGGCUCCUCACUGAUGAAUCCCCUCGGCUGCGUAAUGCCUUACGUUACACUAUAUAUGGGAAGUCAGGUGUUUUUGAUGCUGAAAGAUUCAUUGAUGUCAUGCAAGCAUUCGAGAAUUUCAUCACUGCAGCCAAAAGUGGAGGUGGAGAGGGUUUAAAUGGGGAUAUGGCUGAACUUGGCCUUUUGCAAAGUCAAACAAGUUACUUUGUUCCCGCAUUUUCAUCAAGUGCAUCUCAACAAACACAGCCAGUUCAAACAAGGGCAGCUUUAGCUUUUCUGCUGUCUGGCAAAGGGAAUUUUUUCCGAGAAUUUCUUCUGGAUGAGAUUGUAAAAGGCAUUGAUGCAGUUACAAGAGAACAGCUAGUACAAAUAAUGGCUGUCCUGGGAAUUGGAAAUGCCACCCCAGUUUUUAGCAUGGUUCCUGCUUUUGGACCAUUUAAGCCAGCGGCGCUUUUACCCACAAUAACCGAGGAGGACAAAAUUAUAUUGAAUAAUGUCCAAAAAAUUGUUCAGUUCUUAACUGCAGGAAGCUCAAUAUCAAGGACUUCAAAUCAGGGUAUAGAUGUCGCUAGGGUUAUCCAAGAGCUGCUUCCAGUGUUGCCAAGCAUCUCAGCCACAAUCCUCCCUGAAAUCAUCAGUCGACUGUCUUCCCGGGUGUUAGCACGCAUAGUUCGAGAUUCGUUUUUGUAAGCAAGUUUAUACUACAGCCUAACUGCUUCAAGUGGGUACACUCCAAUUGUUUAUACAGAAUCCUUGUAUGAGCACCACAUCAUUAAUCUAACAUGUCUUAUUAC